AUGGCGGAGUACGACGGCUCAGCCACCAUCAGCCUCUCCCGCACUCCAAGAGCGACCGACUCCGAAGACGAGGACGGUCCCCGCCGCACCAUCUCCCUCGCAAGCGGCGGCGCCGCCGGCGUCGGUGGCGGAAACGGGGACUCUCCAGCGACUGGGUCCGCCUUAUCUGCACCGAGGAAGCCUAGGGGCCGCCCACCGGGGUCGAAGAACAAGCCCAAGCCGCCUGUUGUGAUCACGCGGGAGAGCGAGUCGGCCAUGCGGCCGGUGGUGCUCGAGCUCGCCGCGGGCGCCGACGUGCUCGAGUGCGUCUCAGGCUUCGCGCGGCAGCGCCGCGUGGGAGUCUCCAUCAUCAGCGGCUCCGGCGCCGUCACCAACGUCACCCUCCGUCACCCGGCUUCACACCCCACCUCUCUCACCCUCCAUGGCCGCUUCGACAUACUCUCCCUCGCUGGGACCUUCCUUCCGACUAAGCUUUCUUCUCCUUCCUCCUCCCCCGCUCCAGUCGUCAAGUCGCCCUUCACCGUCUCCCUCGCCGGGGCGCAGGGGCAAGUAAUCGGCGGUGCGGUGACGGGGAACCUGAUCGCAGCUGGGCCGGUGGUGCUUCUUGUGGCGACCUUCGGGAGCCCCGAGUUCCAUAGGCUACCAGCUCCCUGUGCCGAAGAGGAGGAGGGGGAUACGGCCGCAGGAGUAGCAGCAGCAGAGGAAUCCAGGCCACUUGUGGCAGUGUCAAACGAGCCGCCAGUUUCGUCGGGGGGAAUGUCCUACGGCAGCGGCGGCGGCGGCGGCGGCGGCGGCUCCAUCAGCUGCCAGAUGCCUGUGGAAGUCCUGCCGUGGACUGGGCACGCCGAGCGCGCCACUGGGUCUCACUUCCGCCACCCCCAUCACCACUACUGA